GUACAGUUAAUUUUUAUUCACGGGGAGAAAAAAAAAAAAAGAAAAAACAGCUGUUGUUGAAAAAGAAAACAUCAAAAAUGCCGGCCCCAAAGAGAGGAUCAGCCCCUCCAGACUCCCAGCCCAAGAUGAGGAAGUUGGAUGAGGAUGGAGACGUGCCAUCCAAAACUGUACCAGCGACCAAUAAUCAGUCCCACAAAACAGGGAAUAUGAGGGAAAAGACAGCAGCUCCACGGGCUAAGAAAAAACUGUCCGCUUCAGCGGAAGGGGGAAAUAAACCAGCCAAGUCACCCAAACAGAGCUCGCCUCCGAAGGAUUCCAGCAAAACCUCCUCUGACCCGCCUGUCAAAAUAGCCAAGGUCCUGAAAGCCACAAGUGCCUCCUGUGGAGAAGCUCCCUCACAGAGAGUGAACUCCAAAGCCUCCCUGAAGCGAACGGCCUCCACGGAGUCUGAGGAUGAGUUCAGUAGUGACGGAAGUAAGGUUGACUUCUUCAGAGAAAGGGAUGAUGAAGACAAGGCUCGCUGCAUCCGAAAAUACUCAAACCGCGUCAAAGCCAAGCGCAAGGCGGAGGAGUUGCCUUCUAACCCAGAGGAGACAAGUCAAGGUUUACCCUCUUCACCUAAGGACCACAUACAGAUGGACCACAAUUAUGGUAGAUUCACAGAUUCACCGUGUCUUCAAAGUACAGGUGAGGCUAAUGAGAACAUUAUACAAGAAUCUGCAGAAUCUUUUACUGCGCAAGAGAGACCAGAAAUAUCAGCUAAUGAAACACAGGAGGUCUCUGUAACAGGCAUAGAAUUUGAGUCCUCAGAUGACAAAAGUAAACAUAAGGAAUCACAAAAAGUAGAAAGUCAAAAGGUCAUAGAUAAUGAAACACCAGCAUCACCAAGAGACAUUUUAGACCUCGUCAUAUCUGAGGCUGAAAAGAACGAUGAGGAAGAAUCUGUUCAAAGGGAUUUAGAUGAUAAAACACUAACGUUAACAGCGGAAACACUAAAUUCAGUUAUUGGAGAGGUGAAUCCAAACUGUAAAAAUGAAGAAAAGUCUUGCAGAUCAGAAAGUCUGAAAACUGAGACUAAGACAAAUGAGACCACAGAGUUUGUUUCGGAAGGGAAUAAACUGAAGAUUCAGUGCACUACUGAGAGAUCAACUGAAGCAGCCAGAGUAGCUGCCAGCCACAGUAAGGAAACAAACCCUGCACCAGAACAGCAUCUUAUGGAAAGUAGUAUUUCACAGAAUCAGACUGAUAAAACUCAAGCAGACCUCAUUAUCAGAACUGUAGCUGCUUCCGAAGGGGAAUCAAAUCUUGUAGACGUGCAGGAUGACGUGCCGGAUGCAGUCACCGACUCAUGUGUUGAUGUGGAAACAUCGGUCAAAGGGUCUGAGGAAAAGCUUGAAGAAAGUGACAGAAAAGGAGUUGACUUCCAGUCGACUCAGGCCGUUUCUUGUCCUGGAGGUUUGGUCGAGGUACAGCUGAGCCAUGGCUCUGUGAUAACUGACAGCUGCACUGAAAUAUUGACACUUGAUUGUGAGGCUGUUCAAAGAGAAGUGCUUUCCGAAUGUUUCACAGUUCCAGAGGAUCAGACAGCACCUAGCGUAGAUCUGCAAAAUCAGGAGAACCACAGACUUUCUGACAACAUUGCAGAAAAGCCUGAUGGAGUUAAAGAAGAUUCUAAGAGCACAGAAAAAGACAUAAGCAUGCCGUGUGUCACUGCACCAAACAGCGAAAUCAACAUGGAUAUACAGACUGCAGCAGCAUCAGAGAUUUCUACAGUAGAAACACAAAAACAGGAAAAGUGGGAUGUUCCUGAAGCUACCGCAGACAUAUCAACAAGCAUUCAUGAGGAUCAUGUGGAAGAAAACUGUAAAAUUAUGGAAGAGAUGCACGCUGUGAGCUUUGGAUGUGGUAGUGGAGCUGACAGUCAGAACAAGAUAGAAACACAGACAGUAGUGACUUUGGAAUUUUCUAAUACAGAAGUGCAAAUUCAUGAGACCCAGGAAGUCUGUGAAGCUAUCACAGCCAAAUCCCCCGAGGUUCAUGAUAUGGAUGAUAAAUCUGAAAACAUUAAAUCCUUUGAAUGUGCUGGUAGAUCAGAGAGCCCAAACAAAAUAGAAACACAGGGCAUGACAGCAGUGGAGUUUUCUAAUCCAGCAGCUAAAGUGGAAGUACGAAGCCAAGAGAGGCCAGAUGGUGAAGCCAUGAGUGACAAAGUUCAGAAAGAUCUGUGGGCUGCAAACUGUGGGCGCAGUGAAGAUGCUGAAUGUGUUGUGGCUGUGGAGAAUCAAAUGCAAACACCAGAGGAUGUACAGGUUGAAACCACAUCAGUCGAGGUCUGUAAUAUUGAACAAAUGGAUGACCAGGUGAGCCAGGUGGACAGUGAACCUGUCACUGCUGAAUUUCAUGGGGAUUGUAAGGUUGAAAAUGACAAGGAAAAUGUGCAAUCUGUAACUCUGCCAGAGAGUCAAAUCAAAGGGGAAAUGCAGACAAAAUUAACAAUGGAGGUUUCAUAUCCUGCCACUUCAGUGGAAAUGCAGAAAAGCCAAGCGGAAGUGGAGAUACAGACCACGUCAGAGACGAGUUCUGAAAUUCCACCUGGAGUGGGAAUACAGAGUCAGAUAAACCAGGAGGUCGGUGAACAUAAUACAGAUGACAUCUCUAAAGAGAUUAAAGAAGACCAAAUGAUUGAAAAGUCAGUGCAGAAUGAUGACACUAUAAACUUUAAAUGUGCCACACCGAGUGCAGAGAUUUCUGAAGCAGCUCCUUCAGAGGAAAUGUACAGUGAGAAAAGUCUGGAAGCAGUGGAGAUGGAGACUGCAACAACAUCAGAGGAGGUUUCUAACAUAGCUGCAGCUCAAAUACAAAACCCUCUGACUCAGGAUGUUGGUGCACAUCGUACAGACAGAAUUUACACAGAGUCUGUGAGAGAGAAUGAAAACAAAGUAGAAGAGCAGCCUAAAUCAACAGUAGAGAUUACUGGACUACCCUCUACAGUGGAAAUACAAAGUGAGAAGAGUCAAAAUGAAGUGGAGAUGAAGACAGCAACAACAUCAGGGGAGCUUUCUAACACAUCUGCAGAGGAAACAGAAAGCCAGAAGAGUCAGGAUGUCUGUGAUCAUAGCACAGGCAUACAUACAGAGCCUGUGUCUGUUAAGGAAAAUGAAAACAAAAAAGAAAAGCAGGCUAAAACCACACCAGAGAUUUCUGCAGUGGUCCCUUCAGUGGAAAUGCAAAGUGAGAAAAUUCAGAGUGAAGUGGAUAUGGAGUCUACAACAUCAGAUGAGGUUUCUAACAUACCUGCAGUGGAAAUACAAAGUCAGAAAAGCAAGGAUAUCAGCGAAUAUAGCAGGGAUAUGUAUACAGUGACUAUUCCAGAGAAUGAAGAGACACUGCAAACUUCAACACCAGCAUCCCCUAAAGAUGUCUCUGAGGAGAUCCAAAGGGUUAAAAGUCCAAACGAAGUGGAUGUGGAGCAGAAAACAUCAGAGGAGGGUUCUAGCAUACCUGCAGUGGAAAUAAAGAGCCAGGAUGUCUGUGAACAUAAUACAGACAUACAAAUGCAGUCCAUCAAUUUUGCAGAGAAUGAAACUGAAAUGGAAAAACAGGCUCCAUCAAUAUCAGAGAUUUCUGAAGCAGAGAUUUCAGUGGAAGGGCAAAGCGAGAAAAGUCUGUGUGAAGUGGAGAUGGAGACCACAACAUCAGGAGAGGUUUAUAACCCACCUGCAGCAGAAACGCAUAACCAAAAGAGUCAGGCUAUCAGUGAAUACAGAGAGGGUUUAUAUACACCGUCUGCCACUGUCCCAGAGAGAGAAAACAAAAUGGAAGAGCUAGCCAAAUUGACAACAGAGAUUUCUGAAGCAGAGAUUUCAGUGGAAAUACAAAGGGAGAAAAGUCUAAAUGAAGUCAAUAUGGAGUCUGCAGCUGCAUCGGAGGAAGUCUCUAACAUACCUGCAGUGGAAAUGCAAAAUCAGACGAGCGAGGAUUUCUGUGAACAGAGCACAGAUAUACAGCCCAUGGCUGUCACAGAGAAUGAAAACAAAGAGCAGGAUACGCUGACGUCAGAUAUUUCUACUUCAGCACCUGUGGUUGAAACACACAGCCAGAAGAGCCAGGAACCCACUGAAUCAAUGCGAGACAUAUCUACAGAAGUCCACAAAGGUUUAAGGAAUCCUACACAUGACUCCAACAAAACAGAUUGUGUCACUGCUGCUGAGAGUCCAGUGGAAAUGCAGACAACAGAAGCACCAAAGGAGGCGUCUGAGCCAACAAAUAACCAAUGCCAGAGAGGUCAGGAGGUCAGUGAACUGACUAUAGAUACUACAGUAGAGAAAGACUUUAAUACUCAGAGUGAAGAGGAGGAUGACAAGGUUAAGGCCGAGUGUGUCAUUUCUACUGAGAAUCAAAGAAACCUGGAAGUGCAGACAACAGAAACACCGGAGGAGGAUUCUGAUCUAAAAGAUGUGUCAGAAACACAAAAUGAGCUGGUCACUGAGCUCAAUACAGACACCGAAGAAGGAAAAUAUUUCAUUAAUACUGAGAGUGAAGAAAAGGACAACAAGACAAAUGCUGAAUGUGUCAAUGUUACUGAGAGUCCCACAGAAAUGGAGAUACAGACAGCAGAAGCACUAGACAAGAUUUUUUACCCAACAAAAAGACAAAAUCAGAAGGGUCACGAGGUCAGUGAACUCACUGCAGACAGUGAAGUGGACAGAGAAUUGACGGAGACAGAGAUCAAAGAAAAGGAUGGCGAGGAGCAUGAGGAAUGUUCAAGAGCUAUUGAGAGUCAAGGAGAAAUGAACGUGCAGACAACAGAAUCACGAGAAGAAAGACCUGACAUGGAAGUGCAAAAUAAUCAAAAUCAGGAUGACAAAGAUCUAAGGUCUGCGAUCUGUGAGAGCAAAGAUGAGGAAGAACCUGCUUCUGAAUGUGUUAAUGUUUUAGAAGCUACUGCAGCUCCAGAGGAGGGUCCUUAUCUAGCAGAACAGCAAAGCAGUGUGACUGAGGAAAUGAAUGAAGACGCUACAGCCUUAUCAGAAAUUCAGAAACCCCUUCCUGUUGCUCAUUUGGAAGAUGACAGACAGAGAGAGCCUCCUGCUGACAUGGAUGUAACAAGUGGAUCAAUAGAAAGGGAAGAUUGUGUAUUAGAAGAGGAAAUGGUGAGUCAAGUGUUUAAUGAGGUCAAGGCUGACAGAUCUGUUGGUGAAGGAGAAGGAGCCGAAAGCAGUGAAGAAAUUGUUUUAGUUUGCAGUCGAACAGACAACAGCGAUGUUAUAAUUCAGCCAUCAGAGGAGCAGAUUGAGAUGGUUAAUCAGUCAGCGGUUGAGCCUCAUGAAGACCAGAUAGUGUACGAGCCCAUUAGUAGCCCAGAGAGUAAUGAUGAUCGGGAUGUGUCUACAGCGGCAGCAGAGAAGCACGAUGGUGUUUCCAUAUUGGACAUACAGUGCACAGAGACUCAGCAGAUGGAAGCUGACGCAUCAGACUAUUGCACUAAUGAAGACGACACCGAAAUUGGUGGCAUGCAGCUGCAAAAUGAAAUUGUUAAGGAAGAAAUUAGUGUGCCAGACAGCCAAGCAGGGGCUGAAAUGGAAGUACAAACAAGUGUGCCAGAGAGUCCUGUACCUGCACACUUGGAGCAGAGUAACGCCACUGUGGACGUGAAAGAAGUUGCACUGAUCAGCUCUAGCAGUGGCAUCAGUGUGACAGAUGGAGGAUCAGAAGAUGCUGAGGAAAAAGUUGAAGGAAAUACCAUUUCAGAGUGCAUUAGAGCCACUGAGUUUUCUGAGCAGGUGCAGCACGAUGCUGGCUUUCAGGAGGCUGCAGACAUCACGGUAACGACAACAACAACUACAGCCACCACUGAAUUUGAGGUACCAGAUGGUGCAUCUGAGGAAUAUGUGAUUUUAGAGCCAGUCCCAGAGAGUGAAAUUAACUUUGAUAUCGUCACUCAAGCUGCGGCCGAAUCAGGUUUGUCAGCCUCACCUUCGGAGCAGGUAAAUCCAGACAGUGAGUUGGUGGAGGAGGCGGCAAGUCAGAGGAUUUUAAAUGGUUCUGAACAAACGGUAUUUCCUGAAGUGGCAGCUAGUUCAGGUGAAGUAGUAGAGCCAGAAACAAACAUUUCACCUGUUGAGGAAGACUUUCAGGUUAUUCAAACCUCUGACCAGCAACCAUCAUCUGAAAUAAUGGACAUUAAUACCUCAGAGGUCAAGGUGAUGGACUCCCAUGUUCAAAGCACAAAUGAAGACUGUAAUGCAGUGGUGAUGGAAGACAGUCUGGACCUACAAGAAGUGCAGAUUCUGCAGGAUAUCGAGAUCGGUCGUGAGAUUGUAGUGGCAGAGGAAGAGAAUGAUGAAGAUAGUGACAUUGCAAUAAUAGAAAAGCCGCAAGAAACAGCUGAGGCAGGCCCUCCUAAAAAGCCUGAAGAAAAAGUGAAUGAGAAGAACAAAGAUGACACUAGUGGGCCCAACAUGAAGCAAAACAGCACAGCUGAAAAGGCUGAAGAGGCAAAGAUGGCUCAAGUACCAGAAAAACCGAAGAAACAAGAAAUGAACACGCAAGCGAGAACCAAAGCUCGCCUCGCAGCUCUGGCCGAACAGAAGGCUGCAGCAGCUAAGAGGAGUGCAAACAGACAGCAGCUGAAUCUCUUAGCCCUGUGUCAGGAGAUUGCAGAGGACAUCGCCACGGAUAGCAUGCUUCUGAAGAGGAUAGAAGAAGAAAAACAAGCGGCAGCGGCGGCGGCAGCCAAGAGUGAAGCCAGCAAGAAGGAACGCCCGCCUGUUAACACGCAAGAUGUCAACACGGUCAAUGUUGCAACUCCUGCUGGACCAGAAGGAUGCUCGCCUGCUUCAGUGACCUCUGCUUCUGAAGCACCAGCUGCCCAGCCCUCGACAGACGACUCUGCCGAUUCAGCUGAAACAAAACCCGUUGCCCAUCCUCCAAAGAGACGUUUCUUCAUCACGCAGGUUUCAGUGCCACUGAAGGCCCACGAGAAAAAGAAGCUGACUCGGUAUCAAAGACUCAGACAGGUUGAACUGCAGAGAGAGAAAAUGUCAUGGGCACGUAUGAAGAAACUGAAGUCUGACCAAGCAAAUCAGAUGUUCUCAGACAUGGAUUGGCAAGCACCUUUUUCUGCCACCUCUCUGUUUCCUAUGAGUCCUGGUACCACACCUCCUCCACCUGCAGCCAGUCCAGCAAAAACCUCCCAACCUAGUCCCGCCACAUCCAGCAAACCUGAUGCACCGAAGGCAGAUGCUCCCCAGGAGGGUCCUAAGGCUGAGCCGGCUAAAGCAGAAGCUUCUAAAACUGAACCCACUAAAGCUGAAACCUCCAAAAAUCAACCCACAAAAACUGAAACCUCCAAAACUGAAACCCCUAAAACUGAAACGACCAAACCUGAAGUCUCUAAAACUGAACCUCCUAAUACUGAAAACCGUAGAACUACCCGGCAAAGCAAGGCUCAGGCUUCUAAAGCAGCAGCUACCCCAGAGCCUCCCCCAAAAGUCACAAGAUCAGCGACCAAGAGGACUCUCCCAGCAGUGCCACCUCCCAUGCCCAACGGACUUAAUGCGCAGAAACUGAAAUCUGAAGUUGAGUACAAGCCAUACAGACCCAGGCCGAAGUAUUCUCCUGAUGAUUUUGAACUGGAUGAUGACCCGUUACCAGUUGCUCCAGCAAAGCUGAAACCCACACAGCCAACACAACCCGGCCUCGAGUCAAACCCUUCGGCUCAGCCUAAACCCACACUGCUGUCAAAACCCACAGUCACAGCGCAACUUGCCAACCAGGCAAAAUUCAAAGCUCAGACCACACCUGCUGCACAGAUCUCAGGUCAGUCAAAGCCCUCUCUUGCAGCUACAGCUCAGUUAAAGCCUGCACAGUUAAAACCAACAACUCCGCAGUCCAAGGCCACCGCUGCAACUGUAGCAGCUUCAUCCAAGCCCGCUUCUUCAGCUAACAUUCAGUUUAAGUCUCCAGCCUUGACUGCACCACAGUCUAAAGCUGUUUCAGCUCCAGCUCAGUCCAAGCCUGCUGCUUCGCCCCAGCUAAAGACUGCUGGUGCCGGUGCCAGUGCAGGCGUAACACAGCUGAAACAGUCUGGUUCAACAGCAGCUCAGUCUGCUGUUUCAGCCACAUCUGGGACUAAACCUGCUGCCUCUAAGGCUGGUGUCUCUUCAGUGCCUCAGAGACCCACAGAUUCAGCAUGUAAGGAAAAUGACAAGUGCAAGAAUGCAGCUGAUCCACUUUCAUCAUCUACACCUGGAGAGAGUGCAAAAGUGUCUGACACGCAGCAGGUUAAAGAUAAUACUACAGCCACUACUGCUGAUCCUUCUCCAGAGAGUGAGGCAGAAAGUGUGAAGACAGCAGAGCAGACAUCAGAAAAGUCUUGUCAAUACAAAGCAGUGAAGCCACAGGAUGGUGGGUCUCCUCUCUCCGAUGCUUGCCUGCAAAAAGAGAUCAAGAAGCUAAAGGAGGCUGACAAAGAUGGCACCCAAACGGUUACUGAUGCAGGACAGAAACAGUUUGGAGCAGUGGCCUGCAGUGUGUGUGGGAUGCUCUACUCUGCUGCCAACCCCGAGGACGAAUCUCAGCAUUUACUGUUUCACAACCAGUUCAUCAGCGCUGUGAAAUAUGUGGGAUGGAAAAAGGAGAGGAUUUUAGCUGAGUUUCCAGAUGGCAAGAUCAUUCUUGUCCUGCCAGAUGAUCCCAAAUAUGCUCUGAAGAAGGUUGAGGAGAUCCGGGAGAUGGUGGACAAUGACCUUGGCUUCCAGCAGGUGGAGACCAAGUGUCCCUCAAAGACCAAAACCUUUCUGUUUAUCUCUAAUGACAAGAAAGUGGCUGGAUGUCUGAUAGCUGAGCACAUACAAGAGGGGUACAGGGUGAUCGAAGAGCCUAUGCCAGAGGGUUCGGAGGGAGAGAAGUUGAUGUUUGAACGUCAGAGAGCUUGGUGCUGCUCCACGACGCCGGAGCCGGCCAUCUGCGGCAUCAGCCGCAUCUGGGUCGUCAGCAUGAUGAGACGUCAGGGCAUCGCCUCACGCAUGCUCGAGUGCCUCCGGAAUAAUUUCAUAUACGGUUCAUACCUGAGCAAAGACGAGAUUGCGUUCUCUGACCCCACUCCUGAUGGGAAACUCUUCGCCACACAUUAUUUCGGCACUUCCCAGUUUUUGGUUUAUAACUUUGUGAGCGGGACACGCUCGUACCAACCCAAAACCCAUGUAGUAUGACGGUCUUCGGGAAAGGCAACGAUGGAUUCAUCUGAGAUGCUCACCGACCAGUGGGACAUCCUCACCAAACACUGAAUCUUCAUGUGUGUUUUUAAAAAAGAAAAGAAAAAAAAAAAACUCCUCGGAGGGGUUACACAUCGGUUCAAAUCUCAGGAUGAAAACAACGAGGUGUUGUUGAAAAAUGUUAUUUCACCCUUUAAUCCCUCCCUGCAUAGUAUUUUAAAGAACAAGAGUAUUUUCUUUAUACAUUUUUAAGUAUACAAUUGGUUUUAUUAGAAGUAUAGAGUUUACAUGCAUGACCUGACAGCAAUAGAAAACAGCAUUUCAUUUUUCUUUUUCCUUUUGAAUCCUCGUGAAGCGUAACAUCAACCUGCUGCAUUAAACAAACAGUUAUUUGGGAGUUUGUUGCUCAGUCAGUUAUUAUUUUUACACCUGUGUCCUCUAGUAAAGUAUAUUAAGCUGCCAUUGUCUCCAGUUGUCUUUAAGCAACGUUGAUAAUCCCUAAAGGGCACAACUGCACAAUUUCUGUUGAGGGGUUAAGCUGUGUUUCCUACACUUUGAUUUAACUGUCCUGUUUUUAUUGUAGUAUUUCAGAAACCAUUUCAACACUUUGAGGAGACGUGGGUUAGAACUGUAGCUUGGGCAUUAUUCGUGUGCUCUAAUCUUCUGAGAUCACCUUGCUUGAAAUGUUCUUUUUCUUUCAAGCUGAGCCAUAUAUACUGUACACCGUUUAGCAGGGCGUUAUAGCCUCAACUGUAUGAGUGGAGUCUUUAAAUUUCACCAGGGCUGUCUUUAGCUUUGUCUGUGCCUGAAUGAAUAAUGUGUGACUUAAGAUGUUGAUUUAUUUUCUUUGCUUUUUAGCCACAUGUUCCUCUAAGUAGCAUCUGGCUCUUUUUUUUUUGUUUGUUUUUUAUUCCGGUAGUAUAGAUUAUCAUCCUCCUAUUCCUUAGUAACAAUGAAUUAUAAUGUAUAUCAAAUUAUCAUGUAGAUUUAUGCAUAGUAUAACAAGAGUUAUAAUGAAAGAUGAGCAAGUUCUUAAGUUUCUCGUGUUAAAUGGCGUUUGCGUGAAGGUAAAUAUCAACCAGGUUCAGCCUUUAUGAUUGAAAACAGGGAUAUUUGCUCAGUGAUCAAAGUGAGGGGUUUAGAUUAACCUGCCUCUCUUCAGAUUAACAGUAUCAUUGUAAUCCACCCCUUAUUUUCUCCUUGUUAAAUCAGUUGCUUUUAGAGCGAUGUGUAAGAAGAAGAAAUUUGAUUUAUACGAAGCUGUUAUGUAAAUAUUUAUUUAAAUAAAAAUGUAAAACAUU